AUGUCGCUUCGCACUAGAGACGUGGCUAGAGAAGUGCAAGUAUCAAAAACUAAAGUGUGGCAAACGCUGCCCCUUCAACCUGACGAUUUUCCAGCAAGAGUGCGGUUUUGUGAGUGGUUGUUGCAUCAACAUGACAAUAAUCCGGACUUUUUGAAGUGCAUAUUGGUGAAAGACGAAUCUACGUUCACGCGUAAUGGGGUGAAUAACUUUCGCAACACUCAUGUUUGGUCAGUAGGAAAUCCGCACGCUGUCCGUCGGGCACAUUUUCAAUAUUUUCGGUGA